AUGCUCACCGACUCAGAAAUUAUGCGCGUAUGGAAAUCUGUAUGGCCUACAUAUGACGUCACUACGUUGGAUCCGGACACUCAAAAAGUGAUCGUGGAAGUGGUUAGCAAUGAAGUUAGCCAAUCCAUGGGAUGCAUACUCAACAAGAAAACUGAAAUCAUCAAAAUGGCAAAUGAAGACGUUAAACUGGAGCUGGAUGGUUUAAAUAAUUAUGCUAUCACACUUCUAAAAAUGUUGUUUCCAGUUAACCCAAAUAACUACCCGCUUCUUUAUAGACCCGACGUGAACUUCAAUAGAGCAAGGCGUAUUGACGAACAUGUGAUGCGUCGAAACAUUUAUUUCAAGCAUUUCGUUCAAAUCAUGAAUAUGACUUGGAGUUAUCGCGCCCCAUUCAGAAAUGCCACCCAUGAGGUUAGGGAAUGGAGAAAACUCGUUUCUGAGAUGAGUAAAAUUGAUCUGGGACUGAGACUGGUUCAAUUCGACAGAGGUGACAUCGAAGACACUAAUGAGAUACUGAAAGACGGGGUUAUUGAAGCACACACCAAGUUUGGUGAUUUGCUGAAAAAUCAACCAUGCGAAUUUGACGAUUUUGUCACCAGAACAUAUGAAGACACAGUUAACAUCACAAAUCUGAGACUCCUAACUGCAAAAUAUUUGAAAGUAUUCGUAUCGGAGCAAGAAACCGCGUACGAUGCAGCUACCGCUCAACACGAGUCACUUUUGAAAGUAGUGCAUUCGGUGCGAGACCUAACAGACUUAGAUAAACUUGGAAGGAUUGUACUGCUAGAACUGGACAACCUUGAAGCCAAUAAAGAAAACCAGAGACCAGAACGUGGCUGA